AGGAGCUGAGCGCUCUGCCGCGACCGGCGUCAGGAUGUAGGCGAUCGGCUGAAGGGCUCUUGCUGGCAGAAGGGCUCAUCAUGAAGAAACACUCGGCCCGGGUAGCCCCUCUCAGCGCUUGCAACAGCCCCGUCCUGACGCUCACCAAAGUGGAAGGGGAUGAGCAUUCCCGUGAUUCCCCAGCCACAACAGAAGCCCAGUCACAUGCUGGGAUGGAAGCUGGUGGAAGAGGAAGCCGGUGUUGCUGGACAUGCUCUGUGACCCAACUUAAGAAAUUUUUCUGGGGAGUAGUAGUGGUGCUUGGCGUAUGUUCCUCCUGGUCAGGCUCAACUCAGCUAGCAAAACUAACCUUUGAGAAAUUUGAUGCACCUUUCACUUUGACAUGGUUUGCAACAAACUGGAACUUUUUAUUCUUUCCUUUGUAUUACACUGGACAUGUUUUUAAGUCUGCUGAAAAACAGUCUCCACAGCAAAGAUACAGGGAGUGCUGUCGAUUUUUUGGAGAUAACGGCUUGACUUUGAAGGCAUUUUUUACCAAGGCAGCACCUUUCGGUGUUCUUUGGACACUAACAAACUACCUGUACUUACAUGCAAUAAAAAAAAUAAACACUACGGAUGUUUCCGUGUUGUUCUGCUGCAACAAAGCUUUUGUGUUUUUACUUUCAUGGAUUGUUCUCAGGGACAGGUUCAUGGGAGUGAGGAUUGUGGCUGCUAUACUGGCUAUUGCAGGGAUAGUUAUGAUGACUUAUGCUGAUGGAUUCCACAGUCAUUCAGUUAUUGGUAUCGCACUGGUUGUGGGAUCUGCCUCAAUGUCAGCUCUGUACAAGGUUUUGUUUAAGCUUCUCCUGGGCAGUGCUAAAUUUGGAGAAGCUGCCUUAUUUUUGUCAGUGUUAGCUGUCUUCAAUGUCCUUUUUGUUACGUGUAUUCCUGUCAUCCUUUACUUUACCAAAGUUGAAUAUUGGAGUUCUUUUGAUGCCAUUCCUUGGGGAAGCAUUUGUGGAUUUUCAGUCCUAUUAUUGACAUUCAAUAUUUUAUUAAAUUUUGGGAUUGCUAUUACAUAUCCUACUCUGAUAUCUCUUGGAAUUGUACUAAGUGUACCUGUAAAUGCUGUUGUAGACCACUACAGGAGUGACAUAGUCUUCAACAGCGUCCGUGUAAUUGCCAUUGUCAUCAUUGGCCUGGGAUUCCUCCUGUUGCUUUUGCCGGAAGAGUGGGAUGAGUGGUUAAUAAAGCUCCUCACUCGCCUCAAAGUACGGAAGAAGGAAGAGGUUCCAGAAGGAAAUGGAGACAUUGUGUCUGGAUUACAAAACAAAAGCAGGAGAACACGGCCAUCCAUGUCAUCUUUCACCCAUUAAUGCUGUUAUUUUUAUGGAAACUCUUCAUGAUGUAUGCUAUAAUUCACAGGUCUUUUCUUGCAAAGAAGCACAUAUGUCCAAUAUAGUGUACAUAGAUGUACAGUUUUGAUAUACUAGCGUCUGAGGCAUCAAGUUUCAGCAUGUCCAAACUGCCUGCACUGUUUCACAUCAAACCUUUCAUUUGGGAGAACUUUAAAAAGGCAAAAACAAAACACUUUUUAAAUGAAUGUAAUGUAUAGCUGAAUUCUCUUGGCAUAUAUUAUGUUAACAAGAAAUCAUAAUGAGAAGCAGGACAUAUGUUUUGAACAUUAGGUACUGAAUGCCACAUUGCACACUGUGAUUUACGAAUAUAUAGAGAAAGGUAUGUAUAUGCUAUGCUGUGUCAUAAGCUUAUUUUUUAACCAGAGAUGUACUCUAAAUAUUUUCAAAUAAACCAAAAUAAAAUCUUU